AUGGCUGCACCAUGGCUUCAACUCUUCUUUUGGUUGGCCAGCCCUCAAGAGAGUAUUUCUUCACCAGCUGUAAAACUGGAUCAGCUUCCUGAUGUUGCUGAAUUUCGUGAAGUCUCUUUUCAGUGCUCUGGAGAGGACAUCAGCAGUCGCAAUGUUCUUCCCUGGAACACGAUUUCAUUGGCUAAUGGUGUUGCCCGAUACUCCAUAAGAGCAAGGUAUGGAUCUGCUGCUUUGCUAAGAAAAUCCUUCACAGUCCUCACUGCCCUUUCAGCUUCCCCAUUGGCUUGUGGAUAUCUGGGACUGGACGUUGUAACGAGUUGCUGUCAGAGCAGGGAUAGCGUCCGAGCUGCGGAAAGCGCAAGCGGACUGGAGCAGGGCAGCACUAAAGCGCUGGCUGUGGUGUACGGACCGCACGAGACGCGAGGCUCUCGCAGUAAAUCGCUGCAUGAUCGUGCAGUCAUUAACUGUCAGUUCAGCACGGCUGAGAGGAAGAGACGUCCACACGGAGACCGCAAGUCCAGCGAGAUGAGCCUUCAUCUCAAACAGACCUUUGAAGCUGCGGUGCUCACCGAGCUCUACCCACGAUCACAAAUCGACAUCUACGUUAAGAUUCUGCAGGCAGACGGUGGGAACUACAGUGCUUGUGUGAAUGCUGCUACUCUGGCUCUGGUGGACGCUGGUAUUCCCAUGCGUGACUAUGUGUGCGCCUGCACUAACUGA